CACAGUCUUGACAAGCCUUCUUUAAGAGGCGCAUCCAAGAAAAGUGAACUUAAAGACUUUAUAUAGUUAAAAAAUAAAGACAUUAAACUGUUAAGUUAUCCAGAAUAUUUGGAGCUGAAAUAGACGAAGACCAUUAUUUGGUUGAAAAAGAAGCAAACAAGGAUUUUUGAAAAUUCACUGAACUGCAAAGAACAAGAGACUACAGGAAUAUACUAAAUCAGAACAACCUAUGCAAACUUUGAAUCAACUUAGCUAAUGUCUAAACCAUCCGCAAGAUCUUCAACAUCAGCUGGAAGGUUGAAGAAUCAAGAAACACAGCUUGAGAACCUGAAUAGCCACUCAAGAAGAGAGUGAUUCCACUGUGAAGACUGCUCUUCUCAUAUAUAUAUAUAUAACCGUAAGUUUUUAUUUUUACUAAGUACUCGUAAGUACAGUCAAGAUGUUGAAUAGAGCAGCAGCAGCGCUGUCAGUGAGGAGGGUGGUCGUGAUGAUGCUGAUGAUUCUCGGGAUGGGAGUGGACACAGCACCCACUGUGAGAGAUCCUGCUCUGAGUCUCACUGGACCAGGGAAGUCUUCAGGACUGAAUCUGAGCCAGUAUCUAAAACAGUGGAUCGUGACUACGAAAGCAGCAGGAGCGGACGGGACGACGAAAACCACCACGCGGACUCUCACCGCGGGCACCAGGGCGGGAAGACCGAGGAGCAACCACGAGUCAGCCGCUCCGGAGAAAAAGGAGCACAUGCUGAAGAUGAUCUCAGCCCUGGAGGAGCUGCACAGGACGUUCAACAGCACGCUCAGUUCACGGAUUACCAUCAUGCCACGAGGUAAUGGCAGAAAUUCAGGAAGAAAAAAUAAAGCGGCGAAGCUCCUUCCUGCUGCCGAUGGAGGCCUAAAGACCACCACUGCACCUCCAGCUGACAGCACUGUGUCCAGAACAAGUGCAGACGUCGGCGUCCCCAGUCUGACUGGCCGCAACUUUAAGAAGUCCCUCCCACCUCCAAACAGGAAGACUAACAAAAGAGUGUGUUUCUGGAAAUACUGCUCCCAGAACUGAUCACCUCUACUCUCCUAUCAUCAUCUCUCAUCCAUCCAUAUAUAUAUACACAAAUACAGUACUACGUCCUAACCUAAUGUACAACAAUGAAUAAGGCAAAUUAUGAUUCUAUUCAUAUGAUCCAGGCAGUUAAAUGCACAACUUUUUCUAGUUGGAUGUGUAAACAUAACUCUUAACAGAUGCAUCGCUGUAGCUCUUUGGCUUCAUCCAUCAUCCACUUCCAUCCUCUCCCCCGUCUCUCCUCUGACCUCUAAGUGCUAAGCGACCGUUGCCAUGGCAUCAGAAAGCCCCGUGCGCCCUGCCAGUGCCACCCUGCCCUCCACCAGCGGCGCCAGCCUUGACUCAGACCUUUUCAUUCGCUCAUUAGUUAAAAAGACUGACCAAUCACCGACGACGAUGUGUGCCUGUAACCGACACAUGAACAACUCCUAACCCUUUCCUUUUUUUU